GCUGAGCGUCUGCAGAGCAGAACUCUUGCAGGGUACCAACGUGAACUCAGAUGUAACCUUAAGAAGAAGUUUGAGCGUGUGUUUGAGGGGAUUGCUAAAGCAGGAAACCCAACACCUCUGAAUCAGAUCUACACAGAGCUGUACAUUACAAAGGGAGAGAGUGGAGAGCUUAAUGAGGAACAUGAGGUCAGACGGAUUGAAAAAGUAUCCAGGAAACCAGCCAGACCAGAAACACCAAUCAAAUGUGAAGACAUCUUUAAACCUUUACCUGGAAGAGAUCAACCAAUCAGAGCAGUGAUGACAAAGGGAGUGGCUGGCAUUGGGAAAACAGUCUUAACACAGAAGUUCACUCUGGACUGGGCUGAACACAAAGCCAACCAGCAUGUCCACUUCACAUUUCCAUUCACUUUCAGAGAGCUGAAUCUGCUGAGAGGGAAAAAGUUGAGCUUGGUGGAACUUCUUCAUCACUUCUUCACUGAGACCAAAGAAGCAGGAAUCAGCAGGUUUGAGCAGUUCCAGGUUGUGUUGAUCUUUGACGGUCUGGAUGAGUGUCGACUUCCUCUGGACUUCAAGAACAACCAGAUCCUGACUGAUGUUACAGAGUCCACCUCAGUGGACGUUCUGCUGACAAACCUCAUCAAGGGGAACCUGCUUCCCUCUGCUCGCCUCUGGAUAACCACACGACCCGCAGCGGCCAAUCAGAUCCCUCCUGAGUACGUUGGCAUGGUGACAGAGGUGAGAGGCUUCACUGACCCUCAGAAGGAGAAAUACUUCAGGAAGAGAUUCAGAGAUGAGGAGCAGGCCAGCAGAAUCAUCUCCCACAUUAAGAUGUCACGAAGCCUCCACAUCAUGUGCCACAUCCCAGUCUUCUGCUGGAUCACUGCUACAGUUCUGGAGGACGUGUUGAAAACCAGUGAGGGAGGAGACCUGCCCAAGACCCUGACUGAGAUGUACAUCCACUUCCUGGUGGUUCAGUCCAAAGUACAGAACGUCAAGUAUCAUGGGAGGGCUGAGACAGAUCCACACUGGACUCCAGAGACCAGGGAGAUGAUCCUGUCUCUGGGAAAACUGGCUUUUGAGCAGCUGGAGAAAGGCAACCUGAUCUUCUAUGAAGCAGACCUGGCAGAGUGUGGCAUUGAUAUCAGAGCAGCCUCAGUGUACUCAGGAGUGUUCACACAGAUCUUCAAAGAGGAGCGUGGGCUGUACCAGGACAAGGUUUUCUGCUUCGUCCAUCUGAGCGUUCAGGAGUUUCUGGCUGCUGUUCAUGUCUUUGUGACAUUCAUCAACUCUGGAGUCAGUCUGCUGUCAGAAGGACAAUCAGCCUCCCAACUAAAACACCUCUACCAGAGUGCUGUGGACAAGGCCUUACAGAGUCCAAAUGGACACCUGGACUUGUUCCUGCGCUUCCUCCUGGGUCUUUCACUGCAGACCAAUCAGACUCUCCUACGAGGCCUGCUGACACAGACAGGAAGUGGCUCACAGACCAAUCAGGAAACAGUCCAGUUCAUCAAGGAGAAGAUCAGGGACAAUUCCUCUCCAGAGAGAAGCAUCAACCUGUUCCACUGUCUGAAUGAGCUGAAUGACCAUUCUCUAGUGGAGGACAUCCAACAGUACCUGAGUUCAGGACGUCUCUCCACAGACAAACUGUCCCCUGCUCAGUGGUCAGCUCUGGUCUUCAUCUUAUUGACAUCAGAAGAAGAUCUGGAGGUGUUUGACCUGAAGAAAUACUCUGCUUCAGAGGAGGCUCUUCUGGGGCUGCUGCCACUGGUCAAAGCCUCCAAGAAAUCUGUGCUGAGUGUGUGUAAUCUGUCAGAGAGAAGCUGUGCAGCUCUGGCCUCAGUUCUCAGCUCCCAGUCCUCUAGUCUGAGAGAGCUGGACCUGAGUAACAACAACCUGCAGGAUUCAGGAGUGAAGCUGCUCUCUGCUGGACUGGAGAGUCCACACUGCAGACUGGAGGCUCUCAGGCUGAGUGUGUGUAAUCUGUCAGAGAGAAGCUGUGCAGCUCUGGCCUCAGUUCUCAGCUCCCAGUCCUCUAGUCUGAGAGAGCUGGACCUGAGUAACAACCAGCUGCAGGAUUCAGGAGUGAAGCUGCUCUCUGCUGGACUGGAGAGUCCACACUGCAGACUGGAGACUCUCAGGCUGUCAGGCUGUCUGCUCACACAGGAAGGCUGUGCUUCUCUGGCCUCAGCUCUGAGCUCCAACCCCUCCCAUCUGAGAGAGCUGGACCUGAGCUACAAUCAUCCAGGAGACUCAGGAGUGAAGCUGCUCUCUGCUGAGCAGUGGUUGAAACCAGGUCUGAGGAAGUAUUCCUGUGAACUCAAACUGGACGCAAACACAGCAAACAGAAACCUCGUCCUGUCUGAGAACAACAGGAAGGCGAAGCAUGUGACAGAGGAGCAGCCAUAUCCUGAUCACCCAGAGAGGUUUGAGGAAUGGAAACAGAUCCUGUGUAGUGAUGGUCUGACUGGUCGCUGCUACUGGGAGGUCGAGUGGGAGGGAAGAGUUUCAAUGGCAGUGACUUACAGAGGAAUCAGCAGGAAAGGAAACAGUGAUGAGUGUGCACUUGGUAGGAAUGACAAGUCCUGGAGUCUUUCCUGCUCUGAAGAUGGUUUUUAUGCCAGACACAGUAACAGAACAAAAGUCAUUCCUGUCUGCCCCCCCUCUAACAGAGUGGCAGUGUAUCUGGACUGGCCAGCUGGCUCUCUGUCCUUCUACAUCGUCUCCUCUGACACACUGAUCCACCUCCACACCUUCAACAGCACCUUCACUGAGCCUCUGUACCCGGGGUUCAGGAUUUCAUUUGGGCCCAGCGCCUCAGUGUCUCUGUGUGACAUUUGAGAGUCACCUCCAGUGUGGAGAAACAAAAUCUAAGAUUUAUUUUUUGUCAUUUUCACUGACCUGCAUACACAGAGAAAAACGAAAAACUGUUUGUCAUCAGUGACAGUGCAUUAAAAAGUCAGUAAAAUAAGUUAAAAAAUCUAAAAUAUUAAGAUUAAAAACAAGAUAAUAUAAAUAAACUAAAAUAACAGAAUGCCAUGCAAAUACACACCAUCAACUCAUAGAUAAAGUGCUGACUGUGUAAUAUUGUCCAUGUUGCCUUUGACAGAUGACUAACUGUCAGAAGUGGGUGGGGUGUGUGUGAGUGCAAGUGUAGGGAGGGGGUACAGCCCGUUGUUCAGCCUGACAGCCCGAGGAAUGAAGCUGUUUAAAGUGACAUAUGUACAUGACUCCUAUUUUUUGUACACGUCUAUUUUUUCUGUGUCUGUUCAACCCCUGUCAGUCUGUUUAAAUUAUGUGUUUGGCAGCUCAUGUUGCACUAUUGUCUAAAACAAAUUUCCCACAAGGGACAAUAAAGUUUAUCCUGAUCCUGAUUAUUACAUUAUUGGCUCCACAUAUUACAAAUAUGCUAAAAUCUUGCGCUUGCCAGCUCCAGUGUUCACCUCUAUUUUCAAUCUGUCCCACUCUGUCAUCCCCACCGGCCUCAAAAAGUCAACCAUGUGCCUAAAAAGACCAACUCAGCCUGCUUAAAUGACUGCCGUCCUGUAGCACUGACCUCUGUGGUGAUGAAGUGCUUUUGAAUGAAUGAAUGAAGGCUUUAUUUUGAACAUGUGAAAAAAAAACACAAUGCAAAAACAAUACAGAAUUGUAUUGUGUUAUCAUAUGAUAACACAAACGUGUUAUCAUAUGAUCGUUUGUGCAUUUUUACCCAUAGUAAAAAUAAUGUGAAUAAACAAUAAAAAAAAUAACAGAGCAAAAUAGACCAAAAAUAAAUAAAUAAAUAAUCUGUGAGGGUUAGGGUGAACCCUAACACCUGGUGAUUGUCAUAGCCCUUCUUCCUUCCUGUACCCCAUGAAAACCAUAUGUUUGUACUGCUGUUUAAACCGGAGCAUGCUUGGACGUUGCUUUAUCCCCCCACUAAGUCUGUUCCACUGCUUCACUCCACACACAAAAACACAAAAACUUUUCAAGGUUGUACGUACACGUGGAUGUUUUAAAUGUAACUCCCCACUGAAAUGAUA